AUGAAAGUGUUAGCAAUAACACUAUGGGUUCUCUUGUUUUUUAUUUUGACAAACACCAAGUUUGUUGUUUGUGUAGGCAUUUGCAGAGAAAGUGAGCAACGAGCGUUGGAGAGCUUGAAGAAAGAAGUAGAUGAUCCCUCGGAUCUUCUCUCUUCUUGGGUUGUUGGAAAAGAUUGUUGCGAAUGGGAAGGGGUCGUGUGCAACAAUCUAACUCGUCAUGUGAUUGAGCUACACAUAAUUAGUGAUUGGGAAGAAUCGAGCUAUGUACGGAUCAAUAGCCUUGAGUGGCUGCCAAGUCUUUUGAGUCUUGAGCACUUGGAGAUGCGUUAUGUGGAUCUCAGCAAUGCAACUAAUUGGCUACAGGUCAUUAACAUGCUUCCUUCUCUUGUUGAUCUUAGUUUAUCCAAUUGUGAACUUAAUCAUAUACAACCUCUACUUCAUCACAAUUUUUCUUCACUUGAAACCCUUGAUCUUUAUGGGAACAACUUUAAUUCUCCUGUUCCCAAUUGGGUUUUCAACCUCGCCAGUCUCGUUUCUCUUAAUUUGAGUUAUAGUAAUUUUACUGGCCCGUUUCCUGACGGUCCAGUUAACUUGACUUCUCUCACAUCCUUCCAGGCUUCUUAUAACUCUUUCAAUUGUCUUUUACCCAGAUGGUUGUUUGAUCUAAGUAAUCUUGAAUAUAUUGAUCUCAGUUCUAGUGGACUUGAAGGUGCGAUACCGAGUAAGAGCGAAAACAUAACAAAACUUAAAAAUCUCGAUCUUUCUCAUAAUAUGCUUUCUGGAAAGUUACCAAAUUUAAUUGGAAAGUUAAAGAAAUUAGAAUAUCUUGAUCUCUCAGAUAAUCUAUUUGAUGGGGAAGUAUCUGAAUUAUUCAACGCAAAAAAUGGAUCUUAUAAGUUGGAGAUCUUAAACCUCGGGGAAAAUGAUUUAUCAGAAGAAAUUCCUGAUUGUUGGAUGAAUUGGCCAAAUUUGACAGUUUUAAUCUUGAGGGACAAUAACUUGAUUGGAGGCAUACCAAGAUCCAUGAAGGUUUUGAGUAAUUUGCGAUCCUUGGACUUCCGAAGAAAUAGACUUAAUGGUCCAUUUCCUUCAUCCUUGGGAAACUGCACAAAAUUGCACAAAAUAGAUUUAGCUGAGAAUGAGUUUGUUGGGAAAUUACCAUCUUGGUUGGGAUUGAGGUUUCCAACCUUGAUAGUCCUUAGCCUUCGGUCCAAUAAAUUCAAUGGUGAGUUGCCUCAAGAACUUUGUCACCUCAAAGAUCUUCAGAUCUUAGACCUUGCAAACAAUGCAUUUGUUGGAGUCAUACCAAGGUGUAUUGGCAAUUUUAGUGCAAUGGUCAAAGGAAAAAAGGAAUUGGAAGAUCUUGAGUUAAAUUAUUCAUUGUAUCUUGGAGUUCUGAGAGAGAGCGCAAUGGUGAUGACUAAAGGCAACAUGUACCAGUAUGACACUAUUUUGGCGUUGUUUACAAGUAUGGAUAUGUCUAGCAAUUAUUUUUCUGGAGAUAUUCCUAUAAGUCUAACACGUCUUGAAGGAUUAAGAUCAUUUAAUUUUUCCAAAAAUAACCUAACUGGUGGGAUUCCAAAUGGUAUUGGCGACAUGAAAGCAUUGGAAUCUGUUGAUCUUUCAGAAAAUCAACUUUAUGGUCAAAUCCCACAAAGCUUUUCGAGUUUGUUCACUUUGAGCUACUUGAAUCUAUCUGAUAACAAUUUAUCAGGUAUGAUACCAUUGAGCACUCAACUUCAAAGCUUUGAUCCCACUAGUUUUCAAGGAAACAAACUCUGCGGGCUUCCACUCUUGGUGAACUGCAGUUCAGGUGGUAAAACUCCAAAUCAUGAGUAUGAAGAAGAUGAGAAUGACAAAGAUGAAGUGGAUUGGUUCUACAUUUCAAUGGCAAUAGGAUUUGCACUAAGCUUUUGGGGUGUAUGUGGUUCAUUGCUUUUUAAGAGAUCAUGGAGACAUGCUUAUUUUCGUUUCUUAGACCGUAGCUGGGAAAUGUUGCUUGCAAAGGCUCCGAUAUGUUGA